GUUAUAUUUAAAAUCAUUGUUAAAAUGAACAAAUUAAUUAUUCUGAUUGUAAUUUUGUUAACUUUAUUAAUUAAUCAAGGAGAAAGCUUAUAUUGUUAUCGCUGUAAUAGCAAUCAUCCUGGGUGUGGCACACCUUUAAAUUGGUUAUGGUAUUGGGGAGAAACAUGUCCAGAAUAUGAUGAUAAAUGUGUAAAAAUUAUUGAAAGAAAAGGAGCUGAAACCAUGAUAACACGUGAUUGUUUAAGCUCUGUUCGUAGUUUUAGAACAGAUAUUCCAGCUGAUCGGUAUGAAGGUUGCCGACCAGCUGCAAAGGAUGUCAGAUUAGGACAUUAUGUAAAUAAUUCUAUUUGGCAAUUAGAUAUUCACAGAGAUUAUUAUGAUGAAGUAACAUGGUGUUUCUGUUACUUUGAUCAUAGAUGUAAUAGCUCUGAUAAUAUUAAUGUUUCAAUAUUAUUGUUACUUAUAGGUAUUGGAAUACAAUUUGCAGUAUGAAACAUUUAUCAAAUAUUAAAUAUUAAAUAUUAUAUUUUAUUUUUAUAAAUAUAUAAUAUAAAUAUUUAAUAUUUAAUACAUAAAUAUUAUA